CAGGAAGACGCGUUGGGAAGGGGAGGAUCUGCGCGCCGCACCCUGAGCCCGCCCUUUCCGACCCACCGGAGCAUCCGCUUCCGGUUUCCAGACUGAAUUGGCGGUGAACGGAGCCUGAGGACCCUGGGGCCUGCAGGGCCUUGCUGAAGAUGGACAGCCGGAUUCCUUAUGAUGACUACCCCGUGGUUUUCCUGCCUGCCUAUGAGAAUCCCCCAGCAUGGAUUCCUCCUCAUGAGAGGGUAUAUCACCCAGACUACAACAAUGAGUUGACCCAGUUUCUGCCCCGAAUCGUCACACUAAAGAAGCCCCCUGGAGCUCAGUUGGGAUUUAAUAUCCGAGGAGGAAAGGCCUCCCAGCUAGGCAUCUUUAUCUCUAAGGUGAUUCCCGACUCGGAUGCACAUCGGGCAGGACUUCAGGAAGGGGACCAAGUCCUAGCUGUGAAUGAUGUGGAUUUCCAAGACAUUGAGCACAGCAAGGCUGUUGAGAUCCUGAAGACAGCCCGCGAAAUCAGCAUGCGUGUCCGCUUCUUUCCCUACAAUUAUCAUCGUCAAAAAGAGAGGACUGUACACUAGAGAGUUGCAGCCCGUAGCCCUCCACAGAGAAUCUUCUAGGACAAGCUGGUUAGGCCUCAGGGAAGCCUCUUGGGAAACUCUACUCUCAGCCCCACCCUGGCAGAGCAGAGUGGGGAGGGUGGGAACAUGGUGAGGCCCUGCCACCGAGAGCCAGCUAGCCAACUGCAUUACCCAAACUGCUGCACUUCACGUUCCCUCGUUCUGGGGGUGAGCUUCAUUCCCGGACAUGGGAAGGAUGAUGCUAGUCUAGGUAUAGCCUGUGGAGAGCCCUGCUAGAAAAGACCGCUGACAUUUAUUGACUACCACGUGCUAGACAACCACAUGUGUCACAUCCUGUUCAUUAGAGUCUAGAAAUCAAUAGCGAAAAGGAUCCUGGGGGCCUUCCAUUUCAUCCCAUCAUUGCACUACCAGUCUCCUACACUCCAGAGACUCCCUGGGGCUGUUUUAUCCCCCCUCCCUCCUCCUCUCCUCUCCCCCCAAAAAUUAAAAGGCAAUGCUGAGGAAA